AUGUCGUCAAACAUUGCCGUGCUUAGUGCCCUCGACAAUGCACGUACGCAGUGGUACCAUGUGACCGCUAUCGUUAUCGCGGGAAUGGGUUUUUUCACCGAUGCGUAUGAUCUAUUCUGCAUCUCGACCGUCACCAAAUUGCUGGGUCGCCUCUAUUACUACGACGGCUCCUUGACCAAGCCGGGAAAGCUUCCUCAUGACGUCAACAAUUUCGUUACUGGGGUUGCGCUAGUCGGGACCUUAACCGGACAACUGGUUUUUGGGUGGCUUGGGGAUAAACUUGGGAGGAAGAAAGUUUAUGGCCUUACUUUGGUUCUUAUGGCAGUUUGUGCUCUUUGCUCGGGCUUGACAUUUGGGUACAGUCCUAAAGCUGUUAUGACUACACUUUGCUUCUUCAGGUUCUGGCUUGGCUUUGGGAUUGGUGGCGAUUAUCCCCUCUCCGCCACGAUCAUGUCCGAAUAUGCCAACAAGAAAACCCGUGGUGCAUUUAUAGCUGCGGUGUUUGCUAUGCAAGGUGUUGGAAUCGUCUUUGCCGGGCUAGUAUCGAUGAUUCUAUCUGGAGUAUUUCUCGGGUCCUAUAAGGGUCCGGCUUUCUUGAAAGAUCCAGUUUUGUCUGCUGAGCCAGAGGCUGAUUAUGUAUGGCGAAUCGUGCUCAUGCUUGGGGCUCUUCCUGCGAUUCUCACAUUUUAUUGGCGGAUGAAAAUGCCGGAAACCGGCCGAUACACGGCAAUAAUCGAGGGAAAUGCAAAACAAGCUGCAUCUGAUAUGGGGAGAGUCCUUAAUAUAGAAAUUCAAGCCGAACAAGAAAAUUUAUCCCAAUUUAGGGCUGCUAAUGAAUACUCAUUGCUAUCAAGUGAGUUUCUCAAGCGCCACGGUAAACAUUUAAUAGGAACCACAACUACUUGGUUCUUAUUAGAUAUUGCUUUUUACAGCCAAAAUCUCACCCAAAAAGACAUUUUCCCCACAAUGGGACUCACUAGCAAACCCGAAGCUGUAAGCGCCCUACGCGAAAUGUUCGAGACAUCCCGAGCCAUGUUCGUGGUGGCGCUUUUCGGCACCUUCCCCGGUUACUGGUUCACAGUGGCAUUCAUCGAAAAAAUCGGUCGAUUUCGCAUACAAUUGUUGGGCUUCUUUAUGAUGUCUGUAUUCAUGUUGAUAAUGGGUGUCAAAUAUGAUUACCUCAAAAAUGAAAACCACAAAUGGGCUUUUGCGACUCUAUACGGGCUGACGUUCUUCUUCGCUAACUUCGGCCCCAACUCAACCACAUUUGUGUUGCCGGCGGAGCUUUUCCCCACCAGGCUUAGAUCCACCUGCCAUGCAAUCAGCGCUGCCUCAGGGAAGGCGGGGGCUAUGAUCGGAGCGUUUGGUGUGCAGAACUACACACUGGACGGAGAUGUGCCUAAAAUAAAAAAGGCUAUGAUACUUUUGGCUUUCACAAACUUGAUUGGAUUUUUCUGUACCUUCCUUGUGACCGAGACGAAGGGGAGGUCACUGGAGGAGAUUUCCGGCGAGGACGGCGGCGAUGACGUCGAGGAGACACAGAUGACCGCGAAACAGACGGUUAAUCGGCCCGACCAAUGGGAGUAA